AUGCGCAAGCCCUUUUGCCCAACCUAUCUCUCCAUGAUGACUGAUAUUGUUCGCUUUCUCGAUAGCACGUUUACCCCACAACUCCAGUAUCUUCAGCUCUAUAUCCACACACCAAUUGUAGGCAUUUGUCAUAUUGAUGAGUUUCAGAAACUAACCAAGCAAGCCGCUAACAAAAUCAAUCAUUCUAAAGAUAAUCGACCCCCUAUUAAAGUGCAUCUCUGUAUCAGCCAUUCUUUAAACGAAUCCGUUUUCGACAAAGACUUUUUAACUUUUGUCAACGUUUUGACAAUGUAUAAGCAAAACGGAAUGGGCAGGUAUAUACACCAACUUAAUGAAUAUCUCGAGCUCAUGCCUAAUAUCAAACAUCUCAUCAUUGUCCCUCAUUUCCCGAACCACACAACCGGUACCCUUUUCAACACCUCAUCUCCACAUCGCACCAGCCUCACCCCUUCCAUUUUCUGGAAUCACGCCUCGAUCGGCACUUCCUAUAGCCCUAUCUCCUUUGUUCCAGACCUUCUUGUAUGCCCAACCUUUGAACCGUCCUACUACGUCGAUCUUUCCUGCCUGACGAGUCUCUACUUGACCCAUAUCAACCCCACCUCGUUAUUUGAGGUCUACUUGCCAAACCUUCAAAACCUCGGGAUCCAAAUUAAUGAUAUUUUAGAUUCCUCCCUAAACUCCAGUGCCAAAAUUAAUUUCUUAAAAAACCCAUCUUUCGCUUCCUCUCUAAAACGACUCCACAUCAACGACUAUUCCACUUCUAAAUUUUUAUCAUCGACUGAUUCCUUGCCAAAUAUUUUAAAAGUUUUUCCUCUUCUUUCGCAAUUCCCUGCUCUUACAGCGGCACAUUUCUACCAAUUGAUAGAUUUUCAAAUUGGUCGUGUGCCUUCUGUUGAUUACUUUCAAAACAUUCAAGAACAUGUUAUAUCUCACCCGGCUUUAAAAUCGCUUACUCUUCCUGCAAUUUUUUUAAGUUCUCAUUUGUCUACUUUUAAAUCCGUUGCAAAUUUUAUCCGAAAAAUGAGCUCUUGUCAGGGCAAUACUUUUGUGCUACGCCUGUGUCAAUCUAUAACUUCGCCAUCCCUAAGUCUAUCUAUGCCAGAAAACUUUUUCAAAGGCAAAGUUCCUCAAGAAAGUGGGCUUUUUGUUAUAGAGAAAAUUAAUAUCUCGCCGGUAGACAUUCUAGGCCCUGGAAUUGUGGGUGUGUCUGAGGCCCAGUGUUGUGCGUUUGCAGGAUCCAUCAGUUUAACGAGUACUUAUCUGUUGACUAUCAAUUCUGAAAAAGUAAUUGAGAUGGGAGAUGCUUGGAUAGAGGACGAAGAAGAAGAAGAAGAAGAAGAAGAAGGAGAAGCAAAAGAAAAAUAA